GCGGGCGGGAGGUGUGGCGAGGGGCGCCGUUCGGGGUCCGCGGCGCAGCGACCCUCGGCCGGGAUGGCGGCGGCGGCGGCGCGUGGCGUUUGGGGCGGGCGCCGGCGCGUAGCGCUCAGGCUGCCGCCGAGAGCCGGUGUUCCUUGGAUCGCUUCGGCCGCCGCCUCCUCCUCUGUGCCAACAACCAAACUGUUCAUUGAUGGGAAGUUUGUCGAGUCCAAAACCACAGAAUGGAUUGAUAUCCACAACCCAGCCACAAAUGAAGUGGUUGCUCGUGUACCAAAAGCUACAACUAGUGAAAUGGAGGCAGCUGUAGCUUCUUGCAAAAAGGCUUUUUGGAACUGGUCAGAAACAUCUGUUUUGAGUCGCCAGCAAAUCUUCCUGCGUUACCAACAGCUCAUCAAAGACAAUCUGAAAGAAAUUUCAAAACUCAUCACCUUUGAGCAAGGAAAGACCCUGGCUGACGCUGAGGGAGAUGUGUUCCGAGGCCUCCAGGUGGUUGAACAUGCUUGCAGUGUGACAUCUCUCAUACUGGGAGAGACCAUGCCCUCCAUCACUAAAGACAUGGACACUUGCACCUACCGUCUGCCUUUGGGUGUGUGUGCUGGCAUUGCACCAUUCAAUUUCCCAGCGAUGAUUCCUCUUUGGAUGUUUCCCAUGGCUAUGGUUUGUGGAAACACAUUCUUGAUGAAACCGUCUGAGCGUGUGCCAGGAGCACUCAUGUUCCUUGCCAAGCUCUUUCAGGAUGCUGGUGCCCCAGAUGGGACCCUGAAUAUCAUCCAUGGACAGCAUGAAGCUGUGAACUUCAUUUGUGACCAUCCGGAUAUCAGAGCUAUCAGCUUUGUGGGAUCUAAUCAGGCUGGCGAGUACAUCUAUGAAAGAGGAUCCCGGAAUGGCAAGAGAGUCCAGGCUAACAUGGGAGCAAAGAACCAUGGUGUGGUGAUGCCAGAUGCCAAUAAAGAGAACACCUUGAACCAGCUGGUUGGAGCUGCCUUUGGAGCAGCUGGCCAACGCUGCAUGGCCUUGUCUACAGCAAUUCUAGUGGGAGAAGCACAGAAAUGGUUGCCAGAGUUGGUGGAAAGAGCCAAAAAUCUACGUGUAAAUGCAGGAGACCAGCCUGGAGCAGACCUAGGGCCACUAAUCAGUCCCCAAGCCAAGGAAAGGGUUUGCCACCUGAUUCAGAAAGGAGUAGAAGAAGGUGCCAGUCUUCUUUUGGAUGGACGUAAUAUCAAAGUGAAGGGCUAUGAAAAUGGCAAUUUUGUUGGACCAACGAUCCUUGCCAACGUCAAGCCAAACAUGACUUGUUACAAGGAAGAAAUCUUUGGACCUGUCUUAGUGGUUCUGGAAGCAGACACUUUGGAUGACGCAAUUGAGAUGGUGAACAAUAACCCCUAUGGAAAUGGAACUGCAAUCUUCACCACCAAUGGAGCCACAGCUCGGAAAUAUUCUCACUUAGUAGAUGUGGGGCAGGUGGGUGUCAAUGUUCCAAUUCCAGUACCUCUGCCCAUGUUCUCUUUCACCGGCUCUCGUGCUUCUUUCAGAGGAGAUGCAAAUUUCUAUGGCAAACAGGGAGUGCAGUUCUACACACAGCUGAAAACUAUCAUUUCUCAAUGGAAAGAGGAAGAUGCCACUGUUACCAAGCCUGCUGUGGUUAUGCCAACUAUGGGGAACUAAAUCAGCCUUUAAAGAUGCUGUCUCUGGUGCCCCCUCUUUCCAUGUUGCAGUUUCCAGCUUUGUCCUGACUAUCAUGGUUUCCUUGGGAAUAAGUAGAAAACUUUGUUUUCUAAGGGCCUCUUUUUCUGUAGGUCAGGCAAGCUUAUAAUGCACAGUCUGGGUUUUCUGUUGCUGUGAUUGUUUUUGUAUAACUAUCAAAAAGAAACUAUCCUAUCUAAUUGAAAGGGAAAAUGGAUGAGCUUUACUUUAUGUUUCUUUCUAGACCUUCUGAAUUUGAACAUUAUUCUGCUUUCCACUUCAGUACUUCUAGCCUUAGAGAUUCACUACUGGCUCCAUCUUGUAGCAGUUUUCUUUACCACUUUCUUACAUGUUGAGAUUUUGAGCUCACCAUACUCAGAUGAGUACUCACUUUGAGUGAUGUGACUGGGACACUUUGGAUGUCUCACAGAAGUGACUUUUACAUACAAUGAAGACAGCACGUUUUAGAGUUGAAACUGUCAGUCUUUCAUCAAUUAAGGAAUUUCCAAAAUACCUGGGAAAUAUCUAAGGAUUUUUCAGGGAAGCAUAUUUGAUCACUUGUCUGAGGAUAAAAUAAAUACUUGCAUCGCAUAGCAACCUUCACUGUGCCUCUAACAGUGGAAGUUGUUCCUGUUGUGCACAUGGCUUGCAUUCUCCAACUUACUAUCAGUUCCAUUAUACUAUCAGUUCCAUUAUACCUGGAAGUUGGUUUGUGCCUUUUUACUAACAGAAAUAUGCCUGCAGAUCCUUUAAAGUAGCAGAAUUAUGAAGCAGAAAUGUGUGUGUAUGUCUUGCAUCAUAAGAUCACAUCAGUCUAGCUGGUAGGAAGAAUAAGUAAACACAUGAUUUAAUCACAAAGCAGCUAGGCCUGUUCUAGGUGUUUUCCUAAUUUUUUUUUUUCUUCUGUUUGAUCAACUCUUUGUCACAUUUGCUCAAACACAGUCAUGUCCUCUAGGGACUGCAGGUCCCAGUGUUAGAGAUGGGUAAGUCUUGCUAUACCCUGUUCUUAUAUGUGCAUUUGGAGCUGGAUAGCCUAUAUUUUUAUCCUUGCUUCCUGGAACAGUCUGCAGGGACUUCAUCAAGUACCCAUGGAAAAUAAUACUAUUCUAAUGAUUGUAAUCAUUACUUGUUCUGAUUAAAAAAAGAAUCUGAAUGUAAAGACUCUGUAUCCUGCCUUCUGAUAAAGAUACAAUGUAACACAUGGUUAUGUAUUAGAGUAACUGCUAUUGAUCCACUAAUGUUUGUAUCUUAUUUUUGUAGGUUUUUUUUUUUUCUUCUGCUAUACUCUAGAGGGAAAACUCUCACCUUGCAAUUUGAUUAUGAAUUAAAAAUUUGCUGAUCACUGCAGAAAGUGAUUGCUCCUUGAUGAGAUGUUCUAUAGGUGUUCUGUUGACUAUAUUACCCUCUUUGCAGAGGCUGGUAUAUCAAUUUUUUUUUGUAACCCCCGUAUAAAUCCUUUUU